AUGAAUUCAAUCAAAGAAAUUUUCGAUGAAUCAAAAUCGGUUAUUGCAGAGUCUUGUCUUAUUUGGGCGAUUAAACCUGAAAGGAAUCAUGAGAAGACUGAUUUGUUGAAAUUUUUAAUCGAUAGAAUUGAUCAACCGGAAAAGGUUUUGAAAAAUGCAUUAGAUCAUUACAAAGUGGGAUUCAGGUUCGAUUUCAAGUCCAUCAAAACAACAAAUGAAAUUAGAUCAUUAACGGUUAAUUCAAACCUUUAUUAUUGGAUACUUAAAAGUUAUGGUCCAAGCUCGGAAAUUACGCAACAAUGUUUUGAUGAUAUUGUUGAAUCAAGAACCUGGAUAGAUUUAAAAUUACAAGGAACAUCUGGAAGUGAUGGUCCAAUACGUCUUACUACUUGUGCUUUUAAUUCUAUCUGUUCUAUUUAUCUUGAAUUUUGUAACGACAAGGUUCCAUUUAAACCCUGUUACUUACAAUAUUUACAAUUGGUCAAUAAUAAUGAAAUAAUUGAACCAUUUUUUGAAAUGAGCUUACCUAUAACAUUUGGUUUACAAUUGAAAGGAACAUUCCCUUUUGAUAUUACUUAUGAUUACAAAAGACCAAAAGUUGAUGUUCAAAAUCAUAAGAUGAAAUCUAACGUGAUGAAUGAUAAUCAGCAAACUACGAAAGAAAGGAAAAAUUGGUAUGAUCUACUAAAGAAGUAUGAAGAACAAAUUCUUGGAAAUAAUUUUGAAUUGACUGAGAGGUUUAAAAAUAAUUUUGAAAAAUUUUGGCCAUUGUUUAUAGAUUAUGAUCAAAUGAACGAUGGUGAUGAUUUCGUUGUUGAAGGUUCUUCUUCGAAAAGGCUUAAGCAAUGA